GGAAUACAUGGCCAAGUCGGGAUCUCACAAGUACCUUCCCCAAGCACUAAACACAGUCAAAAUCCAGCGAGCACCUCUAAGCUGGUGGCCGGAUGGAGAUGGCGACUUCCGCGCCGACAGUACUGAUGAUACAGCCUGGUGGGCGCUCGCAAUGACUAGUCUAUACGAGCUCACAGAUGAUGAAGAAUACCUGCUCAUUGCUCAGGAAGACGAGGCCUAUAUGUACAAGUACUGGAACACGACAACAUGUUCGGGUGGACUCAUUUGGAGUAUUCCCACCCGGACCUACCAUAAUGCUAUUAGCAACGAGCUUUAUUUAGAGCUUACGGCCAAGCUGCAUAACCUCAUCCCAGGAGACACGACGUACCUAAACCACAGCCUACAGGAGUGGGAAUGGUUCAAGAACAGCGGCAUGAUCAACAGCGAAAACCUUGUUAACGACGGGCUAACGGAUGACGCCGCCUGCGUCAACAACGGAAGGACAACGUGGACAUACAACCAAGGUGUGAUCCUAGGUGGCCUUGUCGAGCUAUACAAAGCCACAGGGGAUAGUUCGUACCUCGACGAAGCGCAGCAGAUAGCAGACGCCGCGAUUAGCAGCACGCUACUGGUUAAGGAUGGAACUCUGACGGAACCCUGCAGUGACGAAAAAGCAUGCGAGCCGAACGGAACCUCGUUUAAGGGUAUCUUCAUCCGGGAGCUGGCUAAGCUCAACGCCGUGCUGGAUGAUCACCCCUAUGGCUCUUUUAUCGCAACAAACGCUCUCACUGCGUACGAGUAUGCGCGGAACAAAUCUAACUUUUAUGGUUUCCAGUGGCAAGGGCCGUAUGAUAAUGUCACAAUCGGCACCCAGGAGGCCGCGGUUCAGCUUUUAGUUGCGGCAUAUUUAUAGAAUGCGAUACGUUAAGGCAAUAAGGCAUGGGAUUUAUAAUAUAUCAGAUGCAUACAGCAGGGGUUUUAAAUAUUAUCACUCUCAGAUUGUUGUUGGCCUGGUCAUAGGGAGUCUGGGAC